ACCUGUUUCACGACAGUCUAGUCAGUCACCUCUGUGGCUUGCUAUCCAACAUAGUCUAAACAUUGGAGCUCUUUAGACGCUUUCGGUGUAUAUUUGCCUCUGUGUGUUAAACUUCUUUCGUGUAGCUAGUUGCCCCACUUAAGUUCAUAUUUACGUUGUUAGACAGGUAGCUAGCUAAGUUAGCUUAGCACCAGGCUACUCGUUAAUGCUAACAAGCAUCACCAACCAUGAGUUCACUGAGCUACUCCCCUCUUGCUAAAGAAGAGGAGGUCUGCUGGACGGAGAAAGAAGCUCUGGGGCUGAACGUUGUCGUAAAAGAAGAGGAGGAGGAUGUUUCAGUAAAAGGAGAGGAAGAAGCUUUCAGAAUGAAAGAGGUGGAAGAGGUAGAGGAAUCUUUUAGAUGGAAAGAGGAGGAGGAGGGCAUAGAGGCUGUCACAGUGGAAGAAGAGGGGGUAGAAGCUUUCAGAAUGAAAAAUGAGGAAGAGGAGGCAAUAACAUUUAAAGAAGAAAAUGAGGAUGUUAUAGUGAAAGAAGAGGAAGAACCUUUUAGAGUGAAAGAUGAAGAGGGGAUAGAGGCUGUCACAGUGAAAGAAGAAGAGGUAGAAGCUUUCAGAAUGAAAAAUGAGGAAGAGGAGGCCAUAACAUUUAAAGAAGAAAAUGAGGAUAUUAUAGUGAAAGAACCUUUUGGAGAGGAAGAGGAGGCUAUCUUACAUAAAGAGGAGGAGGAAGAUGUAUUGGGAGAUGAAGAGGAGGUGGAAGGAGAGGAAGAGGAGGCUGAAGAUCUGAUUAUCACCAGAGAGAGACCAGACUCUCACUCUGACAGCGGGAAGAGUCCUUCAGUGGAACCAGACCCAGAGAUUCCCAAACCAGCGACAGGACACAACUGCUCCCAGUGUGGAAAGAGUUUUAAGUGGUUAUCUAAGCUCAAAGAGCAUGAGAGAACACACGCAGGAAAAAAAGCUCUUCCAAUGUUCCCAUUGUGAAAAGAGAUUUAACCAGUCAUCACUUCUGAAAGAGCAUGAGAGAAUACACACAGGAGAAAAGCCUUUCCAAUGUCCCCAGUGUGGAAAGGGUUUUACAUGGUUAAGGCACCUGAAAGAGCAUGAGAGGAUACACACAGGAGAGAAGCCUUUCCAUUGCUCCCAGUGUGGAAAGCGUUAUACUCGAUUAGCACACCUAAAAAUACAUGAGAGAAUUCACUCUGGAGUGAAGGCUUACCUCUGUUCCCAGUGUGGAAAGAAUUUUAGGUGGUUAGAGAACCUGAAGCAGCAUGAAAGGACACAUACAGGGGAGAAGCCUUUCCAUUGCGCUCAGUGUGGAAAGGAUUUUACCACAUUAGGGAACGUAAAAGAGCAUAAGAAGAAACACACAGGAGAAAAACCUUUACAAUGUUCCCAGUGUGGAAAGCGAUUUACACAUUUAGGAAAUCUGAAAAGGCAUGAAGGAAUACACACAGGAGAAAAACUCUACCACUGCUCUCAUUGUGGAA